GUGAAAGAGACAGGAGCCGCACACACAUUGAUCAGGCAGCCUCGCCGACGCACUGCCGACCUCCGCCGCUCUCCACACAGCACGCCGCCGAGGCUACCGCGGAGACGAGUGAGUUAGAUAUGACGGGGCUUCGCUGAGAGAGAACGUCCUAUAUACACUAGUGUUCCUCGAUAGUUUGCUUGGACCACCAUCUCCCGAGCCCUUAUGCGCUGCUGCGGCGCGUAGAAAGGGCAGCGCUGAAAGACUCGCUUGAGAAAGAAGAAAGGACGAGAGUGGUUUAAAAAACACGGACAAUGGCGGACCGCGAUGCGCUGCCCCUUCCUUUGGAAGUGCGGGCCAGAUUAGCUGAAUUGGAGCUGGAGUUAUCAGAAGGUGACAUAACACAGAAAGGCUAUGAGAAGAAGAGGGCGAAGCUGAUCGGGGCAUACCUGCCGCAGCCUCCGGGGUUGGAGGCAUCCAUGGUACACGAGCGCAGACCACCCAUGGGCCCCUCUUCCGCCUCCCGGUACCACCGCAGACGUUCCUCCGGCACCCGGGACGAGCGCUACAGAUCAGACGUGCACACUGAAGCCGUCCAGGCGGCGCUGGCCAAGCACAAGGAGCGGAAGGUGGCCGUCCCCAUGCCCUCCAAGCGCCGCUCCCUGGUGGUGCAGACCUCCAUGGAUGCCUAUACUCCUCCAGGCCUCUCCCCGCUCUCGUCCCUGCCCCCCCUCACAGACACGUCGUCGGGCUCGGAGGAGGAGGGCGGCCCAGGUGAGGGCACGCCCACUUCCAGCCAGGGCAGUGUGGGCAUGGACCACUGGAUCAGCCGCGCCGUGCACCACGGCUCCACCACCUCAUCCUCGUCCUCGUCCACGCAGAGUGGCGGCAGCGGUGCCGCCAGCCGCCUGGCCGACGUCCUGGCCCAGGCGCAUGUCGGCAAGCCAGGGCCGAUCGCUCACCUCUCGUUGAAGCGGAAAACUAUGCUUGGCGUAGCAGAGAACGGCAACUCGCUGCGUCGUUCCUGCGAGUUCGGCUCCGACCUCCUCUGGCCGCCUCCCUUGGAGUCGGAUGAGAACCACUCGGCCCCGCCGGACGUCACCACCUACGCCUCUGAGCACCCCGUCCAGGUGGAGCGGCCGCAGGUGUCCACCGUGCCUCGGACCACGCCCAAGUACGGCAACGCCGAGCUCAUGGAGACCGGAGACGGUGUCCCGGUCAGCAGUCGAGUCUCUGCUAAGAUCCAGCAACUGGUGAACACCCUGAAGCAGCCCCGACGGCCACCCCUGCGCGAGUUCUUUGUGGACGACUUUGAGGAGCUUCUGGAGGUCCAGCAGCCAGACCCGAACCAGCCGCGGCCGGAGGGGGCCCAGAUGAUGACCAUGCGGGGGGAGCAGCUGGGGGUGGUGACCAACUGGCCUCCGUCCCUGGAGGCGGCGCUGCAGCGCUGGGGCACCAUCUCCCCCAAAGCCCCCUGCCUCACCACCAUGGAUACCAACGGCAAGCCCCUCUACGUCCUCACCUACGGUAAACUGUGGUCGAGGAGCAUCAAAGUGGCCUACAACAUCCUCCACAAACUGGGGACCAAGCAGGAGCCCAUGGUGCGGCCGGGAGACCGGGUGGCGCUCGUGUUCCCUAACAACGACCCUGCCGCAUUCAUGGUGGCCUUCUACGGCUGUCUUCUGGCCGAGGUGGUUCCUGUGCCCAUUGAGGUGCCACUCACCAGGAAGGACGCAGGCAGCCAGCAGAUCGGCUUCCUCCUGGGGAGCUGUGGGGUGACUGUGGCCCUGACCAGCGACGCUUGCCACAAGGGCCUGCCCAAAGGACCUACCGGGGAAAUACCCCAGUUCAAAGGCUGGCCUAAGCUGCUGUGGUUCGUCACUGAGUCCAAACACCUCUCUAAGCCGCCGCGUGAUUGGUUUCCCCACAUCAAAGACGCCAACAACGAUACCGCCUACAUCGAGUAUAAGACCUGUAAGGACGGCAGUGUACUUGGGGUGACAGUCAUGAGGAUCGCUCUGCUCACACACUGCCAGGCUCUCACACAGUCCUGUGGAUACACUGAAGCCGAGACCAUAGUGAAUGUAUUAGACUUUAAGAAGGAUGUGGGUCUGUGGCAUGGCAUCCUGACGAGUGUAAUGAACAUGAUGCACGUGAUCAGCAUUCCCUACUCGCUGAUGAAGGUCAACCCGCUCUCCUGGAUCCAAAAAGUGUGUCAGUACAAAGCUAAAGUGGCGUGCGUGAAGAGCAGAGACAUGCACUGGGCACUGGUGGCCCACAGGGACCAGAGAGACAUCAACCUGAGUUCUCUGCGCAUGCUGAUAGUGGCCGAUGGAUCCAAUCCAUGGUCUAUCUCAUCAUGUGAUGCGUUCCUGAAUGUCUUCCAGAGUAAGGGUCUGAGGCCGGAGGUGAUUUGUCCGUGUGCCAGCUCCCCCGAGGCACUCACUGUGGCCAUCAGGAGGCCCACAGAUGACAGCAACCAGCCGCCAGGCCGAGGGGUGCUCUCCAUGCAGGGCCUGAGCCACGGGGUAAUCCGAGUGGACUCAGAGGAACGCCUCUCUGUGCUCACAGUGCAAGACGUGGGCACGGUCAUGCCUGGAGCUCUGAUGUGUGUGGUGAAGCCGGAGGGAGUCCCUCAGCUGUGCCGGACCGAUGAGAUCGGAGAGCUGUGUGUGUGUUCUGUUGCCACGGGGACGUCAUACUAUGGGCUCGCCGGAAUGACGAAGAACACAUUUGAGGUAUUCCCCAUGAGCAGCUGUGGGGCUCCGAUCAGCGAGUAUCCCUUCACUCGCACCGGUCUGCUGGGCUUUGUGGGCCCCGGUGGUCUCGUCUUCAUCGCUGGCAAGAUGGAUGGCCUCAUGGUGGUCAGCGGGAGGCGGCAUAACGCAGAUGACAUCGUUGCCACGGCACUGGCUGUUGAGCCAAUGAAGUUUGUGUACAGGGGCAGGAUAGCCGUGUUCUCCGUGACCGUGCUGCAUGAUGAGCGCAUCGUGGUGGUGGCGGAGCAGAGACCCGACUCCACGGAGGAGGACAGCUUCCAGUGGAUGAGCCGAGUACUGCAGGCCAUCGACAGCAUCCACAACGUGGGCGUCUUCUGCUUGGCCCUGGUUCCCGCAAACACCCUCCCCAAGACGCCGCUGGGCGGGAUCCACCUGUCGGAAACCAAGCAGCUGUUCCUCGAGGGCUCGCUGCACCCCUGCAACGUGCUGAUGUGCCCCCAUACCUGCGUGACCAACCUGCCCAAACCUAGGCAGAAGCAGCCAGAGAUCGGCCCCGCGUCGGUGAUGGUGGGCAACCUGGUGUCAGGGAAGAGGAUUGCACAGGCCAGCGGGCGGGACCUGGGCCAGAUCGAAGACAAUGACCAGGCAAGAAAGUUCCUGUUCCUGUCUGAGGUCCUACAGUGGCGGGCACAGACCACUCCAGACCAUGUACUCUUCACCCUGCUCAGCUCACGGGGGACAGUCCUGAGCUCACUGACGUGCCUGCAGUUGCACAAGCGGGCGGAGAAGAUCGCAGCCAUGCUGAUGGAGCGAGGCCACCUACAGGAUGGAGACCAUGUAGCGCUGGUCUACCCACCUGGCAUAGACCUGAUCGCAGCCUUCUACGGGUGCCUGUAUGCCGGCUGUGUGCCCAUUACCGUGCGCCCGCCCCACCCCCAGAACAUUGCCACAACCUUGCCCACUGUGAAGAUGAUCGUGGAGGUGAGCCGGUCUUCCUGUGUGAUGACCACGCAGGUCAUAAGCAAGCUCCUAAAGUCGAAAGAGGCGUCUGCCGCAGUGGACGUCAGGACGUGGCCCCCGGUCUUAGACACGGACGAUCUGCCAAAGAAGAAGCCCCCGCAAGUGUACAAGCCCUCGAACCCAGACACGCUAGCCUACCUGGACUUCAGCGUGUCCACCACAGGGAUGCUGGCGGGAGUCAAGAUGUCUCACUCUGCCACCAGUGCCUUCUGCCGAUCAAUCAAGCUCCAGUGCGAGCUGUACCCUUCUCGCGAGGUGGCCAUCUGCCUGGACCCCUACUGCGGCCUGGGCUUCGUCCUCUGGUGCCUCUGCAGCGUGUACUCAGGGCACCAGUCCAUCCUGAUCCCUCCAUCGGAGCUGGAAGUCAACCCUGCUCUCUGGCUGCAUGCUGUCAGUCAGUUCCGCGUCAGAGACACCUUCUGCUCCUACUCCGUCAUGGAGCUGUGCACCAAGGGCCUGGGCCUGCAGACCGAGUCGCUCAAGUCGCGUAGCCUGGACCUGUCCCGCGUGAGGACGUGCGUGGUGGUAGCAGAGGAGAGGCCACGGAUAGCGCUCACUCAGUCCUUCUCCAAGCUGUUCAAAGACCUGGGCCUGCACCCGCGCGCUGUCAGCACCUCCUUCGGCUGCCGAGUCAACCUGGCCAUAUGCCUGCAGCCCUACAGGCUUGGGAAGCUUGACCAGGGCACCUCAGGACCGGACCCAACCACCGUGUAUGUGGACAUGAGGGCCCUCAGACACGACAGAGUCCGGCUGGUUGAGAGAGGUUCUCCACAUAGCUUGCCCCUCAUGGAGUCUGGAAAGAUUUUACCUGGAGUACGAAUCAUCAUCGCCAAUCCAGAGACCAAGGGUCCUUUGGGAGAUUCCCAUCUCGGCGAGAUCUGGGUGCACAGCGGGCACAAUGGUAGCGGCUACUUCACAGUGUAUGGAGACGAGGCCCUGCAGUCAGACCACUUCAACUCACGCCUGAGCUUUGGCGACACGCAGACUGUGUGGGCUCGCACCGGCUACCUGGGCUUCCUGCGCCGCACGGAGCUCACAGACGCCAGCGGAGAGAGGCAUGAUGCUCUGUAUGUGGUGGGGGCUUUGGACGAGGCCAUGGAGCUCCGGGGCAUGAGGUACCACCCCAUCGACAUCGAGACCUCCGUCAUCCGCUCCCACAAAAGCAUCAUGGAGUGUGCUGUGUUCCCCUGGACCAACCUGCUGGUGGUGGUAGUGGAGCUGGAGGGCUCGGAGCAGGAGGCCUUGGACCUGGUGCCUCUGGUGACAAACGCGGUCCUGGAGGAGCAUUACCUGAUCGUGGGCGUGGUGGUGGUGGUGGACGUGGGCGUCAUCCCCAUCAACUCGCGUGGCGAAAAGCAGCGCAUGCACCUGCGUGACGGCUUCCUGGCCGACCAGCUGGACCCCAUAUACGUGGCCUAUAACAUGUAGCCCUAGUGCGCGCGCGCGUGUGUGUGUGUGUGUGUGUGUGUGUGUGUGUGUGUGUGUGUGUGUGUGUGUUUGCCCAUUGUAAUGGACCGGUCAGGUUCUCUUUAAAAGACGCUGACGCCAAGAGGACUGAAAGGGGAUAGAAGAGACUGACCAG